AUGCUCCCAAAGAAUGGCUCUCAAAAGUGUAAGAUAAUCCUCUCUUUCAACUCAAAUGAACUGAGUGAGACUCAUUCAAAUGAAGCUGGUGAUAUUUUUUCAAAUAAUCUGGCGGUUUCUUUAUCUGAUGGUGCUCCAUCAUCGUCUAGUAUUGCUCUUUCAUCAUCUAAUGCUGGUAAUGUAGCUCUGUCUCCACCUAAUGCAGCUUCUUCUGGUGGCAUAUGCAACGACAUGCUCCGAAUUAUGUAUCCUCUCCUCUUCAAAGAUGAUAAUUCAUGGCACGAACCUAGUGCUAGUGAGGGGGGUCUUCUUCUUCAGAAAGAGAGAAAGAAAUUGGGGCUUAGGGCUUGGACGCUUUGCAAUCGCUGUUUACGGUUCAAAGGAGUAGUCUUAUUCAGCUCGACUUCAGCAACAAGUAAAAAAUGUUCAAGAACACAUUCCAAUCUGGAUUUCUGUCCAUUCUCUACAGCCUUGGCUGUACAUUUUUUGUGGAUAAUUAGGAGCAAACCUCUGCAGAUAUGGGAUAAAGAAGUGGUCAAUGGCCAUAUAAAGAGACCACAGGAUGAAGACAUACAAUCCAAUGUCCUUGAAAUUGUUGGAUCGAAUAUCCAAUCCACAUACAUUACUUGCCCAGCAGAUCCAUCAGCAACACUGAGUAUUAAACUUCCAUUCCUUGUUAUGAUUGUGAAGAAUCUGAAGAAAUAUUUCACUUUCGAGAUUCAAGUUCUGGACGAUAAGAAUGUCAGGCGACGUUUCCGAGCUUCUAAUUUUCAAGCUGUCACUCGAGUAAAACCGUAUAUCUGCACCAUGCCACUGAGGAUGGAUGAGGGCUGGAAUCAAAUCCAAUUUAAUCUGGCUGAUUUUACCAGAAGAGCCUAUGGAACAAACUAUGUGGAGACAUUGAGAGUUCAGGUCCAUGCAAAUUGUCGCCUGAGGAGGAUAUAUUUCUCUGACCGCUUGUACUCUGAAGAGGAACUUCCUCCUGAAUUUAAACUAUACCUUCCAAUGCAGCAGAGGACAUGAAGGAAUGCAAGAGAGGAGGUUCAAACUGUUGGAGCUAACAAAAUGAAAUCUUUGUUUUUCCUGUGUAUCAGAAAGUACCAAUUCUAUUAGACCUUGUUCCUAUGCCCAUGGGGCAGAUAAUAUAGUACAGAAAACCCUUGAUCUUCAGAGGUUUUGUAUGCACUGUGAUCUGAUCAAGUCUGAGCAUAAUGUUUGUGUCUUGGAUUUAUUCCAGUUUUUCUAGCCUGUUAAAUACCGUUGGUUU